AUGUCUCUCGCCCGCGCCAUGACCAAGCGCAUGAAGCGCACCGCAGCGCCCGAAGAAACCAUGCCCUCUCGCAGCAAGAGCGUCAAGAACGCAACUCUGCAAAUCAACCGCCCUCAGAUCUCGCUCCCCGUUGCCCUGCUCUCAACAACAAACACGCUCGUCUACGACGCCCCAGAUCUGGCCAGCAUGGACUUGGCCGCCAUGCGCGCCACCUCCUCCUCCACAUCCACCCGCUCCUCCGCCGACGACUCCGACCACAGCAUCUCCGGGCGUUCGCGCGCCUCCUCCCAAGGCUCCCGCGACACCCUGACGGACGCCUCGUCCGUGGAAUCCUCGCCCACCUCGCCCGCUCCCAACCAUCUUUCCGGCUACUUCCCCGCGCCUAACGGCAAGACACUGCGCAAAUCCGCGAGCACCAACUCCCUCAGCCAGGUCAAGGAGAACCCCACUGAACCUAGCGAGCCGGUCCCUGCGAUCCCCCAGCGCGCGCUGUCCCACAGUAAGCGCGCACAUGUGCAACUCGCGCAGAAGCGGAGCAUGCAGAACCUGCAAUCGCGGGGGAACAGCAUCAGCUCGCGCGGCAGCCUCGGAUCUCUUCGCGAGCAGCGCAGUUCCAUGGAUAUGUUCAACAUCGCGACAGUCUCUGAGGAGGCGGAGGCGCAUCCGUUUGGCGCCGAGCUGGAGCAGCUGAACGAGGUUGUUGAGGAGUUUAGCGGUGUUGCGCGGAGCGCUGAGGAAGAGGCGGAUCUGGAGCAGAUGAGGAAGAGAAACCUGGCGACGUUCUGUGCGGCGGAUUAUUUGAGCGUGGUUCAGCCGCUGUUCAAU